GUAAAAAAUAACUUGGUCACAUUUAAAUAAAUCACAAUAAAAUUGUUAAUUACUUCUUUAAAUAAUAGUAUUUACUAUUUUAUCAUGCCGGCCUACCACUCCCAGAUCAAGGAAUUUCGCCAACAGGUGGGCAACAUGGCAAUCUUGCCGUUGAGGACCCAGGUGCGAGGACCAGCGCCCACGGCAAACACAGAAAGCGACAUCAUUGAUGAGUCACUUUACUUCUUCAAAGCCAAUGUUUUUUUCCGUACAUAUGAAAUAAAGUCCGAGGUGGAUCGAGUUCUAAUCUAUGUUACCCUCUACAUAACCGAGUGUCUGAAAAGGCUCAAUCGAUGCACUAGCAAGGCUCAAGGACAACAGGAGAUGUAUAGCUUAGCCAUCUCCAAGUUCGACAUUCCCGGCGAUGCAGGAUUUCCUUUAAAUGCUGUUUAUGCUAAACCCCAAUCAGCCCAGGAUGCGGACCUAAUGCGUCAGUACCUGUUGCAAAUACGCCAUGAAACCGGCAACCGGGUGGUGGAAAAGGUUUUCGGCACCGAAGAUGGCAAGCCUAAUAAGUGGUGGACUUGCUUCGCCAAGAAGAAGUUCAUGGAGAAGAGCCUGGCCGGCCCAGGUCAAUAAGUAACUUCCCAUAGAAUCUGCUAGGACUUCUUUUUUAUGUUUGCCAAGGCAACUAUUGUCAGCUUCCAUAAUCUAAAAAUUUGGUGAAGCUACAUUGCUUCGUGUCCUGAUUAGCCAGGUUA